AUGGAGAAUGCUUUGGCAUAUACCUAUGAGUGGAGACGUUAUGAUGAUGUUUGGGAAUGUCUAGCUACUGGGCAGUGGUUAUGCUACCCUUUCACUCCUCUCACUGUCUCAAAAGUUCGGGAUCAUGCUAGGAAGCUUUUGGAGAAACAUAUAAAGAAACCUUUCUUUGAUGUGAGAUAUGGAGAAUCUGUCGAACGGAUGAGUGUUGAGGAUUUAGAGCGAGGAAAGCAGUGGUUAAGUGAUACUUUCUAUCUCAUACGUGAGACUCUGAACCUAUUAUGCACCAUCAAGGCUAUUUUUUGUUUGUUUGUUUAUGGUUGA